AAGCACGCGAGGGAGUCGUCGAGUGUUAUUCGUUCUUCGUGCGGGUGCAGUGCUGUUCGGUGUGGCUGAAUUACGAGGUUUUUUUGUGUUGCUCCUCCGUCGUACACUGCGGGUCUUUAAGUGUUGUCAGUCCGUCGGUACCUUCCAGUGAUUCCGUCGACUACACUUCGAGGAUCGUUCUCAAUCCGGGCGUUUGGACGCCUCAGCCGGCUGUCUCAGCGACACUGCGCUAUCAUACUUGAUCGGAUUUACAGAAUAUCCAACGUUAACCUAGCAGGCACUUUCACUGAAAACGCAUGUAUUGCUUCGGCCGAGUGAUCAAGUUUUCUCAACGGGAUUCAGUGUCGAAGUCAUUUGACUCAAUUGCAGCGCAGUAAAGCCGGACAGCGUUGAGGCGUCCCUUUGGCAGUCGUUAAAACUCUGCGGAAAUUCAUCCUCCUUUUGUAUUGAUUCAUCUCGUCUUCCACAGACCUUCGCCGUCUCUUCCUUAUCCUCUGCCGCAGUGGGCAGGUCCAAUAGCAUGCAAACAUAGUUGAAAGCGAACUUCGAUGCUGCAUUGAUAGACGGCAGUUGCAGCGCCUUCAAGAGAGACAAGCGAGCCUUUUAACACAGGGAGGCCCAAGGUAGAAAGGAAGUUGCUUCGCACGAAGCGAAGCACCUCGGCUCAAGACGGUUCGUUCGCACUCGAAGCCGACGCUAUUAGGAACCGCCAUUACGGGGGACCAGAGUGAAGACGAGUGCAACAGCGCAGGCACUGGACAGGAGCCGCAAAGGGCCCCUCACGAUACUGGCGAGAACAGGGAGAGGACUCGCAAACGAGAAACUGGGGGGUAGUCGUGAUUGAGAAGGACUCCACAUUUGAGUUUGAUUGAAUCUCACCACGAACAUCGGCUUGUGAAUUUAGCCCUGUUGAACUCGCCCUGACGUGCGUCCAACGCACUGGACUGCAAGGGGAAAUACUCCCAUUGCGAGGAUAUUGAGAUCUAUUGGGCACUUGGUGUUCCUGAGCGAAGGCUAGUUACUCUACAAGAAGCGCGCUGCCACCGGGACUGCCCUCGAGAUUCACCUUCUGGAAAGUCUGAGCUUCAACACAGGUAUUUCGAACGCACUUCCGGUAUCAUCAUCGGCCUUGAAGCGUUUUACAACACCAUCUCAUUCAGAGCUGCCCCUGUCGCAUCGCAUCAGUUUGGCAAGACUCUUCUUUUUCAUAAUCAGUCAGACCCUCGGGCGCAUCGAAUCAGGCUUCUUCUGACAAUUUAGGCUUUAACCACACGUGUGACACUCCUGUUACGUGCAGCAUUAUGCUUGCAAAAAUCAUUUGGGUCACUGUCACAUUCUCACUUGAUCCGUGAGUCUCGUUGUAACAAUCAUUUUCAUAGCGAGUUUUCUGCAUUAUUCUACAAAGUUAACUAGCCCGCGCGAACUGGUUAUUGACGCGAGCAGGAACUUGAGAGCGAGCCUGAAGAAACAACGAAAUAACAAAACUGUGAGUGAUAUUCUGCGUGCAAGCAAAAGUCAACCGGUAAACAUGGAGAAAAGGCCCAUCCUCCCUCGAAGCGGCAACUCACUUUUGCCCUGCCGCUGGGUGCUCACGGCUUUCCUGUUCAGCGGUUUGCUACUCGCGUACGCCCUGCGCUUCUCCCUGAGCGUCGCGCUGGUCGCUAUGGUCAACCAGACGGCGAAUGCGCACGACUUUGGACCCGUGUUCGCCGUCCAGCCAACAUCUGCCGCCGCCGCCGUCCCUGCAGCGGCGGCUGAGCCCAGUGCGCUGCAUGUCAACGAGACUGGUGCGGCCACCGACAUACCCAACAUCGUCACCACAACAGCGCCACAUUACUCCCGAGUCGCCGGUUUCGGCCAGUGUCCCGCACCUGUCCAGCAACAAGAUGUCCACAAGCUAUCCGGCGAAGGCGAGUUCCCGUGGAGUCCGUGGACGCAGGGCGUCGUGUUGGGGGCCUUCUUCUACGGCUACGCGGCCACCCAGAUGCCCGGUGGAUGGCUGGCUGGACGUUUGGGGGGAAAGUGGCCUUUUGGACUGGGCCUACUGGGCACCGCACUGGGAUCACUCGUGACGCCCGCCGCCGCACGUGCCCACUCUUCCUUGUCUCACGAUGCCGGCGCUGCAGCCCUGGUCGCCGUGCGGGUGCUAGAGGGACUCGGCGAGGGCGUCACGUACCCGGCCAUGUUCAGCAUGGUCGCCGAGUGGGCACCACCGCACGAGCGCGGAUCUCUGCUUGCCGUGGCCUAUGUGGGCGCCAACGUCGGUGCCAUCCUGGCCAUGCCCUUGACAGCCAUGCUGUGCGACACCAUCGGAUGGGAGGCCGCCUUCUACGUGUUCGGUCUGGUGGGAUGCGCCUAUUUCGUGCUGUACUCGUGGCGGGUUCGAAGCACACCCGAGGAGGAUCCCUGGAUUAGCGACACUGAGUACGACUACAUCGCAUUUGGACGGACAGCUAGGCCUCUGCCACCACUGCAGGCAAAAGCUGUCGAGGCUGGCAGCUCGGACCUCCUGAACGCCAAUGAAUGCUCGAAACACAACACACCGUGGUUCCAGCUGCUGACAUCUGUGCCUGUGUGGGCGCUGACGGCAUCUCGGUUCGCUUGUCUCUGGGGGCAGUUCACCGUGCUCACGAGCCUGCCCACCUACCUGUCCGCCGUGCUGCGCGUGCCACUAGCCAAGAGCGGCAUGAUCAACGCGGCCAUGUUCGGUGCCCAGAGUGUGGGCAUGCUGGGAGGUGGACUGCUGAGCGACCGCCUACGGAGAAAGGGACACCUCUCCACGACGUUUAUAAGGAAGCUCUUCCAGACUGCCGCUCUGAUUGGUGCGGGUCUUCUACUGGCAUUGGUUCCGUCCGCCGGAUGUAACCAGGUGACUGUCACCUGUCUCCUGGUGCUCGCCAUGGGAGUCUACGGUUUGGCCUCGGGAGGAGCCACGCCCGCUCUCGUAGACAUGGCGCCUGCACACGCCGGCAUUCUUUACGGCAUCGCGGGCACCAUAUCCAACGCGUCCGGGUUCCUGGCUCCUAUGGUUGUUGGAAUGGUCACUUCGCCGACGCCGACGCUGAGCAACUGGGCCACGGUUUUCUACCUGACGAGCGGCAUUUUCUUGCUGGGCGCGCUGGCCUUUCUUGUGUUUGGCUCGGCUGAACUGCAACCGUGGGCGCAGCCUCCGCCUCCACUCGAAACUGUGGUGACGCACAUCGAGCACCAGCACGCCGAUGGCGCGCACCGCUUCGAACUCACCACAAGCUUCGCCGAGAGCUUCCACAUGUUCUAAGAGAAUAACGUGUUGACACUGAC